GGGCGGGGGGAGCGCGCCAGCCGCCCGGAGUGGGGGGCGAUGGCGAAGCUCCGGGUGGCUUACGAGUACACGGAAGCCGAGGACAAGAGCAUCCGGCUCGGCUUGUUUCUCAUCAUCUCCGGCGUCGUGUCGCUCUUUAUCUUCGGCUUCUGCUGGCUCAGUCCCGCGCUGCAGGAUCUGCAAGCCACGGCGGCCAACUGCACGGUGCUGUCGGUGCAGCAGAUCGGCGAGGUCUUCGAGUGCACCUUCACCUGUGGCGCCGACUGCAGGGGCACCUCGCAGUACCCCUGCGUCCAGGUCUACGUGAACAACUCGGAGUCCAACUCCAGAGCGCUGCUGCACAACGACGAGCACCAACUCCUGACCAACCCCAAGUGCUCCUAUAUUCCUCCCUGUAAGAGAGAAAAUCAGAAGAACUUGGAAAGUGUCAUGAAUUGGCAACAGUACUGGAAAGAUGAGAUUGGUUCCCAGCCAUUUACUUGCUACUUUAAUCAAUUUCAAAGACCAGAUGAUGUGCUCCUGCAUCGCACGCAUGAUGAGAUUGUCCUCCUGCAUUGCUUCCUCUGGCCCGUGGUGACAUUUGUGGUGGGUGUUCUCAUUGUGGUCCUGACCAUCUGUGCCAAGAGCCUGGCAGUGAAAGCAGAAGCCAUGAAGAAGCGCAAGUUCUCAUAGAGGGGAGAAGGCUCGUGGGAAGCCAAGCCCAGAAGCUGCACCCAUCGGCACACAUCUCCCUGCAGAGCCUGCUUCCUGGCGCAGGAGAUGGAAGGGGCUAUGCGAGGUCUCCGAGAGGCUCCAGCCUCGAUGGCAGCGGAAACAGGCACAGCUGGAAGACUCGGGACCGCAUAGAUUGUAUGCCAUGUGUCGUAGCGAUGGCUAAGGGGUCAAGCUCUUAACCUAAUGGAGUAACCAUUUCAGAAAACUCUAUAAGAAGUUAAUUUUCUUUGAAAAGUAACAGUAUAUAAUUGUACAGUGUAGUAUACAAACCAUUAUGAUUUAUGCUGCCUAAAAAUAUUAAAAUAGAGUGGUCCGUGG